AAUUUCGAAGACAUCUAACCGUCACUCUGGUUCACAACUACCAGUCCCACGCAUCGAAGCGACCGAUUGGUGAACAUUUUUCAUUUUCUCAAUCGCUCCUCUUUUUCUGUUCUUCGAUGGAUUCUUGGCAAUCAAAGUCUCGAAGAUUUUCUCUUGCAGGAUGGACGCACCAGAUUGGACUUCGCAGGUGCAUGCCGCCGCCGCCUCCACCUCGUGGUCUUCGUCGUUCGCCAGAAGGGAAUUUUCAGGGGAUGCGGCGGCGUCGUCUUCCUCUUCGCCGGUGGAAGAGGAGGCGGUGCCGGAGGUUCGCAAUCAACAUCAGUCCGUCGAGGGACAGGCGAGCGUCUCUAACCAUAUACACUACACAGGAACAGUAGAGGGGGAGACCUCGGUACUGGUCCGAGAAGAUACCUGGUCUUGCAUCGUCGUCAUCCUCACCUUUUGGUUCUUCGUUUCAAUGACUUUCAUUUUUGGUGUGUAUGGUUCUGAGAAUCUACAAUUUGGCCCCAACAGCUCACUUCUAAUAAAGCCUAAUCCCAUUUUUGUGGAUUAUAUAAAGUUGAAGCAAUCAGGUGAGGGAAAUGUUGGUCCUAUUCUAUAUGGAUUAUAUAAAGACCCACCUCUCGAUGUUGUAACUACUUGGUCAUCAAUCCUGAACAUAUCUGUCCUUGCUGGUAUUCACAAGGAAUGGGUAUAUAUGUUAAAUAAAGGAUCUCAAAUAAAUAUUUCAUACAGCGUGAGCUCCUCGCGGCCAUCUUCUCUAAUCCUUAUAAUUGCACAAGGGAGUGAAGGCUUUGCUCAAUGGCUUGAGGACCCAUCAUAUCCCAAUACUACCUUGUUCUGGAAGGUUAUUCAUGGAAGCGGUACAAUCCAGCAGGAUAUUUCAAAGUCUUUGACUUACUAUGUUGCAGUGGGUAACUUGAACUCAGAAGAAGUUGAGGUGCAAUUAGACAUCAGAGUUAAGGCUCUCCUGUAUAACACAACUGAGGCAUAUUAUAAUUGUGCUGUGGCCGAUGGAGGUUGUAGCUUGAAAAUGUUUUUCCCCAAUGGAAAUGCUGCUGUUUUAACCUCUCCAAGUUCAGAACAGGUUCCCACUGGUUACUUAUGCAAUGUUAAACUGUCCUAUGGACCUCGAUGGAUCACUUACCUUUUUGGCAUAGGUGUAAUGACCCUCCUCAUGUUACUGGGCUUCCACUUUUUGAACAAUUUCCAGUGUUCCCGCUAUGACCAAACCAGAUUUCAGUUUGGUGACAUAAGACAAGAGAGAACCCCUCUUCUUUCACAAAAAGAUGAUGAUUUGUCAAGUUGGGAUUCAUCUUAUGAUUCUGUGACGGAAGAUGAUGAAGAUCUUGAAGACAGACUGGCCUCAAGUUCACUUGAAGGGAAGCCACUGAAAGAUGGCGACUACAAUAACAAUAUUCGGCGUCUUUGUGCAAUUUGCUUUGAUGCUCCUAGAGAUUGUUUUUUCCUCCCCUGUGGCCACUGUGUGGCUUGUUUUGCAUGCGGAACAAGGGUUGCUGAAUUGGCAGGUACUUGCCCCAUUUGUCGCAGGAACAUGAAGAAGGUCAGAAAGAUAUUUUCAGUUUGAGCAACACACAAAGUUUCUUCUCAUGAGCACCCCUCGGUUAUUGAGUUGUGAUGCAGCUUGAUUGAUCUGAUAGUGUUGGCACCAUUGCUUGCAAGCUGGUACAAAUACAUUGACCAAGCUAUUCAUGCUUUAGGUGAUGAGAGCAACGUGGAAACAUAGUUGGCCAAAUACCCUCUUCUUUCUACUGGCCUUCGCAUCUGUGUUACUACUUGCCAUGCAUCUUGGUAUAGAGAGUGAGAUUGUAUUAAUUCUACGUUUGCCUAGUGCUUGAAAUCAUCUUUUUGAAGAACUUGCAUUCUGCAAAUAUGUAGCUUCAGUCUCCGUUAGUUAGUAGCCAGCAUACGAUGUCGAUGCAUAUUGCUUUCAAUAACUCCCGAGCUUGACAAAUCAAGUUGUUGGUUCACUUAAUCAAUAGAUCUGAACAAUUUUAUAUCUGUAUUAUUAAAUAUAUUCCAGGGCUAA